UGUAGCUCUGUAGGGAAAAGAUAAGACUGCGCUGAGUCCGAACAAGACACCGGCACAGUUCGUCUGUUCGCUCGGGUUUUUUUUUGCACAACAGUGGAUUUGGAUUUAAUGUUGAACAUGACAUUUGAGGAACUAAGUGGAGAUUACUCCCAGGAAAGGAUGGAUACUGUGGCCAGAGCUUUGGAAGAAGUCCUGACCUCGGCGUUGCCUCAGGGCUGCAUCACAGUUGGUGUCUACGAGGCUGCCAAGUCCCUGAAUGUAGACCCUGAUAACGUGGUUUUGUGCAUACUGGCCACGGAUGACGAUGACGUUAAAGACGUGGCGCUGCAGAUCCACUUUACGCUCAUUCAGGCUUUCUGCUGCGAGAAUGACAUCAACAUCCUGAGAGUCAACAGCACCCGGCGCCUGGCAGAAAUCCUGGGAGGAGGAGGGAAGUUGAGCGGGAAUGAACCUUUGGACCUGCACUGCGUCCUUGUAACUAGCCCACACUCCACAUCAUGGAAGGACCCCGCUCUGAGCAAACUCAGCAGGUUCUGCAGAGAGAGCCGCUGCAUGGAUCAGUGGGUUCCCAUCAUCAAUCUGUCGGACCGAUGAAGCUCCCUCCAACUGAACACCUGUCCAGAAACUGAUUUCAUCUGCACAGGAGGAGCACUGUACACCCUGAUGGGCACCGUUUGACCACCCAGUCAGUGUGGGAUGCAUUUAGCAGAGGAUGCGGAGGACUUCCACUGUGGACUGUGUGUGGAGUUUACACCCCACAUGAGAUGCAGAGGGACUGUCCUGAGGUGGAAUAAAAAUAAAAAGCAUGUGUGCUUUUUAUUUUCAGCUCGUAGCUGUGCACAAGGACCAUAUCAUGUAAAUGUUUGGUAAAGACUUUGUGACGAGUCCAGAGACGUGGGGAGAGGCCAGAACACGGAGCUGCUGAGCGGACCGAGCCCCUCCCUGCAGAAACCCGUUCAGACACUGGACCUCCUGUGGUUUUACUUGAUUAAACUUGUUCGUGCUGAGGUUGCUGUUGUCGUAAUUUCAAAAGGGAAAGGGCUCCACAUCCAGUGAAGACAUUCUGCGUUUAGUGUUUCAUAUUCCAGCUGGUUCCUUUGUUACAGUUUAAGUUAUUUUUAAUAUAUUUAAGCAUAUUUAUGUUCUUUUCUACCUAUUUGAAAG